AUGGCACCAAGAUACAGUCGCGGAAAGAAGGGAGAGAAGAAGAAGAAGGAAGAAAAGGUUCUACCUGUUGUCAUGGAUAUCACAGUGAACCUUCCCGAUGAAACUAGUGUGGUUCUGAAGCAGGGAAUAUCUACGGAUAGAAUAAUUGAUGUCCGUCGGCUUUUAUCCGUGAAUACGGAGACUUGUUACAUUACCAACUUUUCUCUAUCACAUGAGAUAAGAGGGACACGUUUGAAGAAUACGGUGGACGUGUCCGCACUGAAGCCAUGCCUUCUCACUUUAGUUGAAGAGGAUUACGAUGAGGAAGGUGCGGUGGCUCACGUGCGAAGACUAUUGGACAUUGUGGCCUGCACCACCAGCUUCGGUCCGUUGUCUCCGCCGAAGAAUGGUGCGAAGUCGAGCAAGUCUCAGUCGCCUCCGGAGAAGCAAUCACCGAAAGACGCUGCAGUGGCGGACGGAGAUGGAGAGAUAAGCCACUCGUGCCCUAAGCUGGAUAGUUUUUACGAGUUUUUUUCUCUAUCAGAUCUCACUGCGCCUCUUCAAUAUGUGAAGAAAGCUUCGAGGCGAAACGUGGAGGAGAUAUCGGAGGAGGAUCAUCUCUUCUCGCUCGAUGUGAAGGUGUGUAACGGGAAAGUGGUGCACGUUGAGGCUUGCAGAAAGGGGUUUUACAGUGUUGGGAAGCAGAGGAUUCUGUGUCAUAAUCUCGUUGAUUUGUUGAGACAAAUUAGCAGAGCUUUUGAUAAUGCUUAUGAUGAUCUCUUGAAGGCAUUUUCAGAACGUAACAAGUUUGGAAAUCUUCCCUAUGGCUUUAGAUCCAACACGUGGCUUGUUCCUCCUAUUGCAGCACAAUCACCAUCAUCUUUUCCCCCUCUUCCCGUGGAGGAUGAAAAUUGGGGAGGAAAUGGUGGUGGUCUUGGAAGAGAUGGAGAGUAUGAUUUGAUUCCUUGGGCCAAUAAGUUUUCUUAUAUUGCAUCUAUGCCCUGCAAGACCGCCGAAGAAAGACAAGUUCGUGAUAGAAAAGCAUUUCUUCUGCACAGCCUCUUUGUUGAUGUUGCCAUUUUCAGAGCAAUUAGGGCUGUUAAACAUGUUUUGGAAGAUCCCAGUUUUAGCUGCUCAGCAGCAGAAAAUGAUAUUUACAGUGAGAUAGCAGGUGACUUGAGGAUUAGAGUCUUGAAAGAUGGUUCUGUUGCAAGCUGUAAGAUUGAUUCCAAAAUUGACGGAGUUGAAGCUACAGGAGUAAAUCAAAAGGAUCUAGUCGAACGGAAUUUACUGAAAGGGAUCACUGCAGAUGAAAAUACUGCUGCCCAUGAUAUUACCACUCUAGGUGUAGUUUAUGUAAGAUAUUGUGGUUACGUGGUUGUUGUGAAAGUUGAAGGUGAAGCUAAUGAAAAAGUCAAUUCUUCAUCUCAUCAAAAUAAUGAUUUGUUUGAUCAGCCAGAAGGUGGUGCCAACGCACUAAAUAUUAACAGCUUAAGAUUUCUUCUUCACAGUACAGCCCUACCUGAGAACAAUAAACAGAUGACUGAGAUACAAAUGUUUGAGAGUAAAGAGCUUGGCGGUACUGACACUUUUGUUGAAAAGCUGAUUAAAAAAAGCCUUGCUAAGCUUGAGGAAGAGGAACUGAGUUCGGACUAUUUUGUAAGAUGGGAACUAGGUGCUUGCUGGGUACAACAUUUGCAAGACCAAAACAGUACAGAAAAAGAUAAGAAACCAACGUUGGAGAAGGCUAACAAUGAUAUGAAGGUUGAGGGUCUUGGGAAACCCCUGAAAGCCCUCAAGAAUAAUAAAAAGAAAUCUGAUUCAAACAAUCCAAAUUUUGCAUCUGAACAUUCAAAAUCUAAUCUCGAGGCUGAAAAUGCUGCAUUAUCCUCAAGUGAAUCCCAGCAUGAAACUGCAGCAGCUGAGAAUGAGCUUGUGCUGAAACGGAUGUUAUCUGAGGCAGCUUUUACCAGAUUGAAGGAAUCUGGAACUGGACUUCACUGCAAGUCUAUGCAAGAUUUGGUCGACUUAUCUCAGAAAUAUUACAUGGAUGUUGCUAUCCCAAAACUGGUGGCAGAUUUUGGCUCAUUGGAACUUUCUCCAGUUGACGGUCGAACACUAACUGAUUUUAUGCAUACUAGGGGUCUGCGAAUGCGAUCUCUUGGACAUGUUGUCAAGCUUUCUGAAAAACUUUCCCAUGUGCAAUCACUUUGCAUUCAUGAGAUGAUAGUUCGAGCUUUCAAGCACAUCCUGAGGGCAGUUAUUUCUGCAGUUGUUGACAAGGAGAAAACGGCUUCAUCAAUAGCUGGUGCAUUGAAUUUGCUGCUUGGUGUUCCUGAAAAUAGAGAAACAGAUGAAUCAUGCGAUGUCCACCCUCUUGUGUGGAAAUGGCUAGAGAGAUUUUUGAAGAAACGAUUUGACUGGGAUCUUAACAGGUUGAACUAUAAAGAUGUGAGGAAAUUUGCAAUUCUCCGCGGCUUGUGUCACAAGGUGGGAAUUGAGCUCGUUCCAAGGGAUUUUGACAUGGAUUCUCCAUUUCCCUUUCAAAAGUCUGAUAUUGUCAGCUUGGUUGCAGUUCACAAGCAAGCAGCAUGCUCAUCUGCAGAUGGAAGGCAGCUCCUGGAGUCCUCCAAAACAGCUUUAGACAAGGGAAAACUUGAAGAUGCUGUUACCUAUGGGACAAAGGCUCUUGCAAAGCUUGUAGCAGUUUGUGGUCCCUACCAUCGGAUGACAGCGGGAGCAUACAGCCUCCUUGCUGUAGUUUUAUAUCAUACCGGAGACUUCAAUCAGGCUACGAUUUAUCAACAAAAAGCUUUGGAUAUCAAUGAGAGGGAGUUAGGUUUGGAUCAUCCCGAUACCAUGAAGAGCUAUGGGGAUCUUGCUGUGUUCUAUUACAGGCUUCAGCACACCGAGCUGGCUCUGAAAUAUGUGAAGCGUGCUUUAUACCUUUUGCAUCUGACAUGUGGCCCGUCUCAUCCAAAUACUGCUGCAACCUACAUUAAUGUGGCUAUGAUGGAGGAAGGUCUAGGAAAUGUACAUGUUGCUCUCAGAUAUCUUCACAAAGCAUUAAAGUGCAACCAGAAAUUACUUGGUGCAGAUCAUAUUCAGACAGCUGCAAGUUAUCAUGCAAUAGCAAUAGCACUCUCGUUGAUGGAAGCAUAUCCAUUGAGUGUGCAGCAUGAGCAAACAACCUUGCAAAUUUUGCGGGCAAAGCUGGGCCCUGAUGACUUGCGAACACAGGACGCUGCAGCUUGGCUUGAGUAUUUUGAAUCCAAGGCUUUUGAACAGCAAGAAGCUGCUCGAAAUGGUACAAGAAAACCUGAUGCAUCAAUAGCUAGCAAAGGCCAUCUAAGUGUGUCGGAUCUUCUUGACUACAUUAAUCCUAAUCAUGAUACCAAAGGGAGAGACGCAGCAGCAAAGAGAAGAAACCAGGUGAGAGCGAUAUCCUACCAGAACAAUGUCUCAGUAAGUUCUGAUGAAUCUUCAAAAGAAAUUCAAAAAGAGGCUUCAGAUGAAGAGUUACAUAUACCUGAACUAGAAGGUAGUGCAGAAUCUGAGAAUGAGAGCAACUCGGCACCUGAACCAGAACAGCCAAUUUUAGAAAAGAUCCCAGAUGAAAAGCCACAAACUUCUAAUGAAUUAUUAUUGUCUGAAGCACAUCCUGAUGGAGAUGAUGGAUGGCAAUCAGUUCAAAGACCAAGAUCGGCCGGCUCAUAUGGCCGGCGACUGAAACAAAGACGUUCAACACUUGGCAAAGUUCAUAGUUACCAGAAAAAUGUUGAAGUUGGCACUGAAUAUCCUUCGGCAAAGAGUGCUAAUCAGAAUAGUAGGUAUUAUUUCUUGAAGAAGCGGACAGCACACCAUGGGGGCUAUGCAGAUAACCGCGCUGUAAACAUCACUCAAGGCACUAAAUUCGGAAGGAAAGCAGGCAAGGCUGUUGUUGCAUACAGGGUCAAGUCUACACCCUCUGCUUCUAUAACUGUUGCAAAUGAAACAUUAGAAAUUUGUGACAAGGAACCUGAUUCAAUUGAUGUUAAUCCAGUUAAGACUUCUAUAGUCAGUCUUGGAAAAAGUCCUUCAUACAAGGAAGUAGCCUUGGCUCCUCCUGGGACAAUCUCCAAGUUGCAGGUCUAUAAUCCACAAAGUGAGACUUCUGUUUGUCGCGAACAUGAUGUUGGAAAGCAUGAAGAGGAAAAUGUUGAAGCUCAGAGAAACAUCAAUCCAACCCCAAAAGAAGCAAAGAACGUGUUUAAAGAGAAGUCUGAUGAUUCUUUAUCUGAUUCUAUAGAAGAUUCACAAGACGAUACUGUAGUUUCUACUGAGAAGAAAGAAGAAACUCAGUUGAAUAAAGUUGUGCAAGAUAAUUGUGUGGCAGCUGAGGGGCUUGAAUCUGGGGACCUUGAAGCACAAGGAGCUGUUGAUAGCAGCGUAAUGAUUGAUGCAGUAGAGGAUGUUGUGGACUCUUACAAACAAGAACUUGUUGCAAAUAAUCCGCCUUGCAGUUUUGAACCUUCUGAUAAUACAAGUUCUAGCCCACUUGGUGGUGAGGAUUUAGGGGUCAAUUUAUUAUCACCUAGUCAGAGUCAAGCUGGAGGAAUACCGUAUAAGAAAUUGUCUGCAUCAGCAGCUCCAUUCAACCCAUCACCCGCCAUUGCACGCGCUGCACCUAUUGCCAUUAAUAUGACUCAUCCUUCUGGUCCUGGUGCUGUUCCAGCUAUUGGUCCCUGGCCAGUAAACAUGAAUGUUCACCCCGGACCUGUUAGCCCAAUGUGUUCCUCUCCUCACCAUGCAUAUCCAUCACCUCCAACAACGCCAAACAUGAUACAACCAUUGCCAUUCAUGUAUCCUCCUUAUUCGCAACCUCAGUCAGUACAAACCAGCAGUGCCUUUCAUGCCAAUCAUUUUACAUGGCAGUGUAAUUUGAACCCCGUAAUAUCUAAGUUUGGUCCUGGUGCUAUUUGGACUGGCUGUCAUCCUGUGGAAUUUCCUCGUCCAGUACCUAUUGUUGAAUCAAUCCCUGAUAUCAUUUCCGAGCCACAGGUGCAGUUUCAUACAGCUGAAAGUCCAAGUUCAGCUCCAGUUCUGCUUGAGGACGUUGAUAAGGCUGGGGAUCCUAAUAAAGAGGUAAAAACUUUAGGUUUGGAGAUAAGUGAAGAUGAACUGGUGAGAGUUGGUUCAGAAAGUAUAAAAGAAAAUGGUAAUCCAAAUUUUCCUGGAACCAACAAUGCUGGAAACGAGCCAAACCAAAAUGUUGGCUCUAACAGCAACACUAGCUGUAGUGAAAUGAACAUGGAUGAUGAGAAAACAUUCAGCAUUUUGAUUCGGGGAAGAAGAAACCGAAAGCAAACUCUAAGAAUGCCAAUAAGUUUACUUACUCGACCCCAUGGCUCUCAGUCAUUUAAGGUUAUCUAUAACCGUGUCGUUAGAGGAAGUGAUUCUCCCAGAUCCAUAAAUUUCUCUUCUAGUAAACACUGUACAGCCACUGCUUAA